AUGGACGCCGAGCUCCGGCGCCAGGGGACCGGAGAGACGAGCCUCAUGGAGAUGUUCGAGCUGGAGGAUGAAGCCGAAGCUGACCGGGAAGGAGAGGAAGUGGAGGAAGAGGACCCGAAUUUGGAGCCCAAGGAUGGUGAGGAUGCCCGAAGACCUUUCGGUGCAUCCUCUUCCACUCUGGACCUCCUGCAAGAGCAGGCCACCCAAAUCAUGGCCAAAGUCGAGCCGGAGAGUGAGCCCCAGGUUCCCGUUGUGGAGAGGGCUUGGUUCGUCUUAUUCAUGGGACUUGUAGUUGUGGUGAAUGCAGUCUGCAUCGGCCUGGAGGUUGACCUCGCAGCGACUAUUCCGAUUGUCUUCAUCGCUGCCAACAACGCCUUUCUCAUCCUGUACAUGGGAGAGCUUGGCUUGAGGUUCGUGACAUACCGCUUCGGGAUUUUCCAAGACCCACUCACCGUACUGGACCUGAUUCUUGUUUUGCUGGUUUUCGUUGAAGAGUUCGCCUUCACGGGCAACCUGGCGAG